UGGGUUUCUGCAGCUGUUUGGUGGUGCUGUGGCAGGAGGCUGCAGAGAGUUUCUCUCCACAGUUUGCGCUUUUCCGUUCUAUUUUCUUGAUCACAGGGAGCACAGAGCUGAAGUGGGAUUCUCCCCUGGGGCUCUUUCUCUGCCUUUAGCUGCCAUUUUCCUGCAGAGUGGGGCCAGUUAUUCGGUGUGUGGGUGCUGGGGCUGGACUCUCUUGGUCCUUCCUAGGGAUGGGUGUGUUUCUGGGCAGUUCUUGUCCUGACCAGCAGGCUGCUGUGUUCCCAGCUCUUUGGUGGGUGGUCUCCUUCUUUCAGAGUUUCCUAUAUAAGGCACUUGGUACCACUUUGGCCUCUUGCCAGGAUGUUGCCCAUGUGAAAUCCCAGCUCCAGAAAUCUCUGAAGGGCACAGAUUACAUGAACGCUUCUGAGAGAGAGCACGUUGUGACCAUCCUGGCAUUCUCAGCCGAGGGCCACGUGGACCUCACCCUGGGCACACUGGAGGACUUUGGUGCGGCUCUGAGUAAAGUGCAGGUGUCUGGGAUAGUCGGCCGCCUGCAGGACUAUCACCAAGGGAAAAGAGCCAGGACCCACAGGGCCUUGAUACUGGCCUACGGCCGAAUUGCUAUCCAUGCCCCCCGAACACAGCUGCUCCCCCGCGUGGAGCAUGAUCUCAUCAGGAAGGUCCUGCAGUAUUACAUGACCAGCUGCCAGGUAAGAGCCUGGGACUGCACCAUGUCGGGAAGAGGCCUGCCAUGGGACUGAUGUCUCCUUUGCACUUGGGUGCCUAGAGAGGCUCUGACUGUCUGAUCCUCCCCCUGAACUCACGCCUGUGAUGAGCAUCCAUGUUAAUCCUUCUGGGAUGAUGUGCAGUGGGAGGGACCCAUGCAUGGAGAGUGCUGGGAUAGACGCUCCUGACA